UCGAAAACCUUAAACCCUGAAGAACUCAUCGUUGCUUCACAGAAUCAAAAGAAGAACACUAAACCGGUGCCAAUGGCUUUCACUUGGUGCGUACGGAGAUCAGCUUCUAGGUUAGCUUCUGUGUAUGGUAAUCGGAUGAGCCGACUCCGAUCUAUCUCCGCCGUUGUUAGCCGUCCGUCUCUAGCUCCCACCUCAUCUCCGUUUCGUCCUUUUGCCCUUUACUCGACGGCUAUUGAUCGGAUGAGCUCCGAGCAAUCGCUUCUCCGCGUGAUUGACUCCGAGAUCAACACCGCUCUCCAAAUCGAUGAUCCCGAUUUGGAUGAAGAGACGGCUCCAGGAAGCUUCCCUUUCAAAAUUGAAGACAACCCUGGGCAUCAGACUGUAACAUUGACUAGAGAGUACAAAGGGGAGCAUAUUAAAGUUGUAGUAAGCAUGCCUAGUCUUGACGGUGAUGAAAACGACGAUGAGGAUGAUGACGAUGAUGGUCAUAGCAAUGGAUCUAGUAUUCCACUAGUUGUGACUGUCACCAAGAAGAGCGGGCUCAGCCUUGAGUUUAGCUGUAUGGCUUUUCCGGAUGAGAUUGCCAUUGAUGCUUUAUCUGUGAGCAAUCAGGGGAGUACUUUGGAGGAUAAGUUGGCUAAUGAAGGGCCUGAUUUCGAAUGCUUGGACGAGAAUCUGAAGAAGACAUUCUACAAGUAUCUGGAGAUCAGAGGAGUGAAAGCAAGCACUACGAACUUCUUGCACCAGUACAUGAUGAGAAAGGUGAAGAGAGAGUACUUGCUCUGGUUGAAGAAUGUUAAGAAGUUUAUGGAAGAGUAAUAGGUAAGAUCAGAAAUGUGUGAAUGAGACUCUUAUGUUCGUUGUUAGCAUUCAUGUGUCUCCCGUUUGCAGAAUCUUUGAGAAUUUAUGGUAAUGACUUUUAAGUUCUUA